GUGUGGAGGAAGAGAGAGGGCUUCCAGGAGAAGAGAGGAGACAGAGAGAAGGGAGGAAAGAGUGCAGAGAAAGGGAACAAGGCUGUGCCAGAAGUGAUCUGGAAGAGGAGAGAAGAGGAAGAAGGAGACGCAGGGAGUGAGAGAGCGAGGGCCAUUCAGAGAGGACAUGAAACCAUUUGGAGGAAAAGGGAGAGGGAGUAAAAGAGGAAAUGCGAGGAAAGAUUUGAGAAUACGAUGCACUUGAAAAGUAGGUGUUAAAGAAAGCGUGCCGCGUUGGAUACUAGCCAUUCAUCAGUAAGCCUUCUCUCUCUUCUUUAGCAGUUCUGUGCUUCAUUGAGCUCUGCAGGUGCUCGCUGUAGUAUCGACCAAUUGAAGGUGUGUGUGUGGGUGUGUGUGUUGCUGCCGUGUUAGUGUGUGCAGCCCCCUUGCGAUCCCCUCGUCGGCUGCUAAUAGGAUUUUUAUGGGCCCGUGUCAAACAGGAUAGAGCUGCCAAGGGGAGCUGCUUCACACAUGUGCGCAUGCCAACACACAUACACAGAUAAUCUAGAAGCAUUGUGGGCAGAGAAGACUUACACUGUCUCACACACAUGUAAACACAUCACAUACAAGUGCGCACCCUUCAGUGCAGUAAGACACACAUGCGAGGGGGCAUUGAGAGACAAUGACUUGUGUUGAUUCUCCAUGGUGCUGGCGACAGCUGGAUAGCUGGCCCUCACUGAGAGGCUAUUAAGCUGUGACAAGAUACUCACAGAUAUUGUUUUACAUUAUGGCAAAAACACCAAGAUGAACACUUUGUGGAGAGCAAAGACCAUGUCAUCAUCAGUCCCUGGGAACACAGUGAACAUUGAUGCAUAGUUAAAAGUGAACUGAUGGCAACAUGAUCUCCACUGGUGCACUGAAAGCAAACUUUUUUCACCUGCAUUCUAACAUUAACUGGGACACCCAACUUCUUCUGCGCCUCUUCUCAUUCUGCUUUCGUUGUGGGUGAAGCCGUUUUUAAAGCGGUUUGGUUUCAUCUGUCUGGUAAUGAGUGGAGGACAGACCACCGGACAGAUGGACGCAGCUCUUACACUGAGGGAGACAGACAGAUGGCUGCGUGUCCCUUUAGUGAGAAACUUUGAAUACUGAGACAGAGAGACUUUGAAUCACUAGAGCCUGUGUGGACUUGCGCGGAUAUAAAAACUGACACUGCAGAUUCAUUAUGGAGCUUGUCCCAAAAACCAAGUACACCCACUUUCGGAGCGAAUCACUGAGCUCAACUGAUGAAACAAACUCCAAUCCAUCAUCUUCCAGUCCUGCCACCCCGCUCACUCCCUCCCCUGGUUUACCUUCUUCUCUCUCCUCCUCGUCUCUCACUCCCAUCUUGCCCCCCUCUUCUCCCCGCCCGGCUGAGAACAGCCCCACCACCCUCUGCUCCUUCUUCCCCAGGAUGGGAUCCCUUCGUCUGGGGGUCUCUGCCACUCUUCUCCCAGGACUCAAAGCUUCAAGCAGGCCACAGCAUCCUCAGGCGCCUGUUGAGUCCUCUGGGGACGACAGGAGCAGCUCUAGUUCCCCCACCCCACUUCAUCACCCACUCCCCCCUCUAAUCGUUCCUUCUCCCCCUCCCCGACCUCCUCUGCAGGACAUGAACCGGCUGGGAGGGGCGUCCAGGAGGGCACGGGUGGAAGGAGGGCAGCUGGGAGGAGAUGAGUGGACGCGCCAUGGCUCCUUUGUCAACAAGCCCACCCGUGGCUGGCUGCACUCCGACAGUGUGGUCAGCACCAGCGGUGUUUCCUAUACUGUACGGUACAUGGGUUGCGUUGAGGUGCUACAGUCAAUGCGAGCGCUGGAUUUCAACACCAGAACUCAGGUCACCAGGGAGGCUAUCUCUGUGGUUUGCGAGGCCGUGCCCGGAGCCAAAGGAGCCCAGCGCAGGAGAAAGCCUUCCUCUCGCUGUCUGUCGUCCAUCCUGGGGAAGAGUAACCUGCAGUUUGCUGGCAUGACUAUCAGUCUGACCAUCUCGACCAGCAGCCUCAACCUACUGGCCUCGGACUGCAAACAGAUAAUCGCCAAUCAUCACAUGCAGUCCAUCUCCUUUGCCUCUGGAGGAGACCCAGAUACGGCAGAGUAUGUAGCAUAUGUGGCCAAAGACCCAGUCAACCAGAGAGCUUGUCAUAUCUUGGAGUGUUCAGAGGGUUUAGCCCAGGAAGUCAUCAGCACCAUCGGCCAGGCCUUUGAACUACGUUUUAAACAGUACCUUAAGAACCCCCCCAAACUGGUCACACCUCAUGACAGAAUGGCUCCGUUCGACGGCUCUGCAUGGGAGGAAGAAGAUGAUGAGGCUGCUCCACCUCCUGACGUCCCUUACUACAAUCAUUUCCCUGGAAAACAGCCUCCUCCUGGUGGACUGAUUGACAUGAGGACCCGCCCAGGUGCCACGCUGCCUUAUGGACAGCCAGGUCAGAGUGACAUUCACAAGCAACCUCUGCCGCCUCUACCAGUGGGUGCUAAAGAAGGGGGACGGGAACUGUUUGAUGACCCUUCAUACGUCAAUGUGGAUAAACCACGCCCCCCAGUUGCAGCCAAUGGAAAUGCUCACAGAGAUGCUUUUGACAUGAAACCCUUCGAUGAUGCCCUGGGGGUGUCUGGGCACAGUGGCCCAAGCUCAGUGACAACAGCACCCCCUCUUGUGCAGCAGCUGCAGUGUGAGUCCUGGUUCCAUGGUAGCUUAAGUCGCAGGGAAGCAGAGAGACUGCUGACCCGCGAUGGAGACUUCCUGGUGCGAGAGUCUGGGACCACGCCUGGACAGUACGUCCUCACGGGACAGCAGGGGGGUCAGCCUAAACACCUGCUACUAGUCGACCCAGAAGGAGUGGUCCGUACAAAAGACCAUCGGUUUGAAAGCGUGAGUCACCUGAUCAGUUACCACAUGGACAACAGACUCCCCAUUGUGUCAGCUGGUAGCGAAGUGUGUCUGCAACAGCCUGUAGAGCGCAGGGCCUGACCUUCCACGCUAAUAUAAUACUCCACCAAAUAUACGCACUCCUGCAGCAAUUCAACUCACCUUCAUAUGCUAUAAUACACACAUAUCAACACUACACGUAACACACACACAUACACAAACAUGCACACAUCAUAGCAAAGAAAGCCAAAAAGAAAGAAAUUACCAGUUCACUCUUGCUGCUGUUGCCACAUUUUCCUGUCCUUUCUGAAAUCCAAACUGUGACCCUGCAGUCCUCAAUCCCACCACUCAUCAUUCUCAUUCCUCCACAACGGAGAAGCACUGCUGCAAUUUUUCAACAGCCUACUGUGAACCAGGGAGGAGCCCUUUGCUAAUUUCAGAAAAGGGGAGAAAAUAAAUGCAAGAAAAAAAUAAUCUUAUUAUGCGAUAACGAAAAAACAAACAAAAGCUGAACACUUUACUAAUACAUGGAAUCGUGUACAAAAAAAAGUGGAACUGAAAAGUGAAGAAAAGAGCGGUGAUGGGACAUCGAAUGGGAUUUUUAGUGCUUUUAAGCAUGUGUUCUUUUCUCUCGCUGCUGGAGCAUAUUAGACAAAACACAAACUGGAUGGCAGUGGUUAUUUGUUUCAGAGACUGAACCAGGCUCGAACAUAAACUCUCUCGUCACUGGAGCACUUCAGCAGCAAACCUGACUGCCUGGUGAAUAUGCAUAAAUGAGUUUGCUCCAAGUCUAAUCAGGAGGGCCACCUUACCCCCCAAGCACUCCCCUUUUUAAUGAGUUUUGAACUUUAACCCCUGGAGUGAUACCUGGUGAUGAGGAAAGCCUGUAUGCAAAACUGGGGACUGCUAUGCCAAUGACCAUGAUAUAUGAUCUUUUUUUUGUUUAUUUCUGUCUUUUAUCUUGGAACUCUUACUGGAGUUUAGGAGGAUCUAAAAAGCUGUAUCUCCCUAAUUCCUCUGUACACACACACAAAUACACCUUUCACCGUAUGCGAUCUGCACCACCUGUCAUGCCAAAGAACAUGAACUUGGUCGCUAACGGCAGAGAAAGCCAUGAAUAUUAUCAACAGUUAUCUGUCUUGUGUGCUUACAGCAUCUGGAGCUAACUUAAAUGUAAAGGAUAGAGAUGCAUAUUAAAAUGGGCCUGUUUCAGAGGGGAGAAGAAUCUUGGUGAAUACAAAAAGGAGAUGUUUAAAGUAAAUUGUGCGUUGAUGUCACCUACAAACACAAUAAGUUGUCCAUUUUGAGAAGCAUAGACCAGAUUAUUUUGACCUGUUGCUUUUUAUUGACUCCUUGGUAUGUGUCUGCAUUGACAAUCUAUGGGUUCUAUCUUUACAGAGUAUUUUGACUGAAAGCAAAGGAGAGUAGUUAAAUAAAACCACUUUAAAUGGUGGCCAAUGAGAAAUGUUGAACAGUCUGAGCAAUGAAUUUCCCUCUGCAAAAAUAAUGCAAAAUAUGUCAUAACUGGUUAUGUAUUUUCUGUUUUAAUUUGUUUUAAUUUUUGUGUAUUAUGUUGCUUUAAUUUUUAAUUACUUGAGGGAAUAAUGUCCUUUUAAAAAAGAAAAACAAAUUGUAUCACAUUAAGUGGUUCGGGGGUAACUGAACAUAAGGACAUAAAUGUUUUUUGGAGCAUUUCUAAUGCUAAUAUGAAAUGUUAAGCCAAAUGUUUCUCCUAAGUGUGCUGUUUUCACCAAUAUUUGAGGAUCGGGGGGGCGCUUCUUCCUCCUCCCUUAGUUCAUGGUGGUGUUAGGUUUGUUUUUAUAUGUCUUUUUAAUCGUGCCUUGUUUCUUCAAUGCAGUCACGUCACUUCAAUGCAGUCACCUUAUGUACUUAAUUCAAAUGUAGUCGACUACAGGAGAAUACACACGCCUCUCAGUUAAACAAAGACUUUGCAAAAAUGACACUCCAUUAAACACACACAAACAGAUCCAGUGAUGGCAAUCUCCUGUGAUGCACAUUCUUGCAUUCAGCUUAUAGUCACAGAUACUUGAUGUCUCCACUGGGGGGGGGGGGAGUUCUUGACCAUCUGUAAAUAACGUCAAUUUUUUGACUGGUCAGCUUAGUAUUUGAUUAUUGAUUUCAUAGUUGUGUAUUUAAAGACUUAUUUGAUAAGAAGCAGAGCCAGACACCAACCACUGGGGUAGCUCUUCUUAAAGCCAAUUGAACUUAUGGUUGAGCUUAAGGCUGAACUCUCGAAAUAUGAGAAAGGAUCUUUCAGCCUAAACCUUAACUGUCAACUAAUACUCAGACCCUGAAAUGGGCUCAUAUGUAGUCUAGCAUGCACACACACUCACACACACACACAUCAGAGUGGCCGCUGGGUCAGUCAGACACUCACACGCUGCCUGUUCAGGUGUUUGUAGGUCAGAUAUAGGAAACCAGAGCUUUAAGUUCUUCCAUUACUGUGCGUGUGAGUGUGUCCUGAUCCACCUAACCCUCUGCAUCAUUAGUGAACCAGAGAGCCCCGUGUUGUCAUCAUUCAUCACAGAUGCCUUUUGUUGCAUGAAAAUCCUUUUUAAAAAAUGUCUUGUUUGUUGGUGGUGGUGGUGAUAGUGUUUAUGAUGCUGUUGCAGUUUUGUGUUUUUGAAAGCCAAAGGUUACUUUCAAAUAGCGUGAACAGAUAUUGAUUUUUACUUUAUAUGUUUCUGUUUUAAUACUUUUUUUGUUUUUAGGGAAACAUGUCGGUUUACACUUGUAUCUGAAAAUAUAGAUUGCAUAUAUAAAUACAUAUAUCAUUCA